AUGUCCGGCUCAACAACAGCGACGAACGUGCCGAGCGCGACUUCAGCGGCGGCAGAGCCCUCCUGCACGACAGCAGUGCCCGGAAAGUACGGAAGCGUUCCGUAUGACGCCUGUAACUCCAACUACAACUUUGAGCCAGACUUUGCGGCCAACUGCGCCUUUGCAGUGCUCUUUGGGUUGACUCUGGGCGCCCACUUGGUGCAAGCCGUGACCUGGAAAAAGCAAAAGCAGAUCUACGCCAUCCUGGGCCAGCUGUUCUUCCUCCUCGCGCCCUUGUGGAUGAAUGCCUUGGUCUACAUGACCGUUUCCAGACUUGUGUACUACGUCUUGCCGGACCGCAGCAUCUGGAACCUGAAAGCCACCCAGCUGACGAAACUCUUCGUCUGGAUCGACGUGCUCUGCUUCCUCGUGCAAGCCGGCGGCGGCAGUCUCCUGUCGGGCGAUGACAUGGAGAUGAUGCGCAUUGGACAGUACAUCUAUGUUGCCGGCUGCGCCGCCCAGUUGUUCUUCAUCGUCAUCUUCUGCGCACUGAUGGGUCGACUGUACGUCAGGAUGCGCGAGGCUCAACGCUUUGACCUCAGGAUGACGCUUGUAAAGUCACUCUUCUGGGCCUUGCUUGCCGUUCUCGUCCUCAUCAUGAUUCGGAUCGUCUUCCGUCUCUACGAGUUCAAGCCGGGCUCGGACUUCGACAGCGAGAUCCUGACGAAUGAAUACUAUGCGCUCGGACUUGACGCGCUGCCGAUGCUGCUUGGGCUUCUGUUGCUUAACGCAGUGCAUCCCGGAUGGGUGCUUCGUGGUCCGGACAGCAAACUGCCCCGAGUAACGAGACGCGAGAAGAAAGAGAUCAAGCGCCAGAAGAAGGAGGCCAAAAAGGCAGCUAAGCUGACGGCGAAGGAGGAAAAGAGGCAGAAGAAGGCGAUGAAUAUGUUGCACGUUAAAGAGGCUCAACGAUCGUCAGACACCUUCGAGAUGAAUGAGGCGUCGGAACGAGGCGAUGCCCAGGUAGUCUGA